AUGUCGUGUUUGAACAGCAUAUGGCCUACCGUAUCCAAUCUGAGUGGGUCGUUAUCUUUCUUCACCUCUGUUAUAUCGUUGUUCCCACAAAUCAUUGAGACUUAUCGAGAUAAAACUGUCGAUGGGUUAUCACCAUACUUUUUAUUGGCGUGGCUAUGUGGGGAUAUCACUUCAUUGAUAGGGGCAAAGCUGACCGGGCAGUUGUUAUUUCAGAUAUUUCUAGCAAUUUAUUUUUUGGUGAACGAUUCGUUCGUAUGCGGCCAAUACUACUAUUACGGUGUGUUGCAUGAAAAUAAACUUGCAACAAUCGGACAUGAGCCUAAACCACUCCUUCCUGAAUUGGCAGAAAACGGAGAGCUUCUGCGAGAGGAGGAAGACAUUAUAAAUGGCGGCAGUCCUCGAGGGAGUAGAAGAAGGUCUGCGAUUACGGUAGCAUUGGCGAUAGCUCAUACUAUAAGCACAUCUAGUGCCUAUCCUCUGAAGUCAAGUUCUACCCAAACCCAGCUGGGGCCACCUAGCGAUAGCUUGCCUGGCCACUGCAAGACCAGCGAACUAGGUACAAUUUUGUCCUGGAUGGGCGCUUCUUUCUAUGUCGGAGCACGCAUUCCACAGUUAAUCAAGAAUUACAAUAGAAAGUCCACAGAUGGGUUGUCUCCCUUCCUCUUUGCUACGACAUUACUCUGCAAUAUCACGUAUAACAUGAGUAUUUUUACAAGUUGCCAGUUUUUAACCAGCCAGAAUAAAACAGAAUUUGUUAUGAACGAGUUGCCUUUUAUCUUCGGAAGCGCUGGGACAAUCGCAUUUGAUCUGAUGUACUUCUAUCAAUACUACGUGCUUUAUGCAACUGAUAUGCAAUUACGAGAACUAGAAAGAGAGCUAUACGAGCCCGAAGAAGCCAACGUGGAGCAACCGGUGACUGAACGUACGUCUCUGUUGUCUGGUGAAACACAAACGUAG